ACGGUGUAAUGACAAACCUGAGAGGAUUAUCAUAAGGAUUUUCAGUGAUAAAUGUUUGUCGGCUGCUUGUUAUCUUCAUUUAGGCUCAUCCAUUUCUCAGUUGCCUGGUAGUGAUGAUCAGGUAACGAGAGCGGAGAGGAUCUACAUCCCUUAUGAGUCCGCUCAACUCUGCAUUGCUGAGAUAGCUGAAGACAUGGCAGCAAUGGAAAAGAAGCACCUGGAAACGAUCCAAGAACAGGAAGAUAACUUUCAGUUCCAAACGCGAGAGACUCAGCUGGUUCUGCAGAGGGUUAAAUCUCACUAUCACAACAAGCUAAACACUCUGCGAAGAAUCCUGAGCGUCUACCAGGAGAAGAUGGAGAAGAAGAACUAUGACUGGGAGAGGAAAGUGGAGACUUUGACAGCACAGAUUGGGCAGCUGCUUGAGGCGCAGAGGGCUGAGAGGAGUAGGAGUAAAGAGGAGGCCCAGCAGUGGCAAAAUGAAAAGAGUAAAAUGCUGGGGUUGUUCUCCAGCAAGUUGGACACCCUGCACUGCCACCAGACCUCCAUGCUGCAGGAGCUAAAGAUAGCAAGAGAAGAAAUAGGAAAGGUUCAAGAAAUGUUAGUGGUAUCACAGCAGGAAACCACAGAGGAAGAUGAAGGCUUUGAGAACAAAGGAGCUGCAGAUCAACAACAAGCCUUGAAUUGCAGUGACUCUGAGCAGCCUCUAGAGGGAGCCAAUGCUCGCCUGGAGGACCUGAAGGAGAGCCUUCAUCAAAGAGAAAAGGAGAUUUCUGACCUGCUGGAGGCAGACAAGACCCCCAUCCCUCCUGUCCCGCCUCCACCCUGCAGUGUCUUACUGCCCGCUGUCAUUCACAAGGCUCAUGCCGUCUGCAGUGUAGUGACAGAAAGCAGAGAUCAUCUGGACAGAAUGAUAGAGGAAAACCGGGUUGCUCUAGUGGCAGCCAGAGAAAAACUGGAGAACAACGAUGAAGAAGUCAGCACUGACAGGAAAGACUGA